GAAGGCUGGGCCUUAAGGAGUGAUCCGGACGCGCGGGAGGUGCAUCCACGCUGGCACUGGCCCUGCUGCAGACGGAUCCGCCCCGGGAAGAGCAGGAGGACCUGGCCCCCGGUGCAAAAGCGGAGGACCCUCCAGGCAGCCAGGAUUAGGGCUCCAGAUCAUGAAUGUGUAGCCUUGGUGGAACGUGAAAUCCCAGUGACUGGCCAGCCUGCAACAUUUUGAACCAUCUUGGCUGCUAACUUCCUUUAUCCUUAUGAGAAUACUAGACCGUUUACCUCAUAAGCCUACAAUGGCAGUGGAUGUAGCCAUGCAGCUGCACUUGAGGCCAUCUUUGCGAAGAGAGAGCUUUGCCUACAAAAUAGCUCCAAAGCCCAAGAAGCCUUUGAGACCCUGCAUCCAUUUGAACAGUGCUGCUGCAUUAAACGAACUGGGAACAGAAGUAAAAAAUUUGCAACAAAACAAAGUGAAAAAGCGGGUAUCCUUUGCAGACAGCAGAGGCCUCGCUCUGACAAUGGUUAAAGUAUUUUCAGAAUUUGAUGAGCCCCUGGAUAUUCCAUUUAAUAUCACAGAACUCAUAGACAGCAUUAUGGGCCUGACAACAGUGGAAAGAGAUGACUUUGUCUUGGAUUUUGUACAGCCUUCUGCUGAUUAUUUGGAUUUCCGGAAUCGUCUCCAGGCUGAAUAUGUGUGUCUUGAGAACUGCAUGUUGAAAGAUAAGUCCAUCAUGGGCACAGUGAAAGUCAGGAAUCUUGCAUUUGAGAAGGCUGUGAAAAUCCGGAUGACAUUUGAUACGUGGAAAACCUUCACGGACUACCCCUGCCAGUAUGUUAAGGAUACAUAUGCAGGUUCAGAUAAGGACACAUUCUCCUUUGAUAUCAGCUUGCCGGAGAGAGUGCAGCCCCACGAAAGAAUAGAAUUUGCUGUGUGUUAUGAGUGUGAUGGAAAGGUGUACUGGGACAGCAAUAAAGGUCUGAAUUACAGGAUUGUCCGCUCUGAACUCAAAUCUGCUCGGGAGAUUUCUCACCCUCAAGGUGAUCCUGGUUUUGGAAUUGCCUUUGACCAGUUUGGAAGUCCUAGGUGUUCCUAUGGCCUGUUUCCUGAAUGGCCUAGCUAUUCGGGGUAUGAAAAACGUGGGCCUUAUUACUGACUCAAAGACUUGGAAAUGGGUUGUUGUUUUUUUAAAAAAACAUUUGGGAGUCAAAUAUCACUGUUGCCAAAGGAGGUGCGUGUUUGUAGUUCCAGAAAGUGAAACAAAAUGACUCAAGCAACUCCUAACUGCAAAAGGUUUUUAAACAUGGAGGGUCUCUGGACUAUCGGUCGUGAAUUGAAACAUCUAAGAGAAGGCAAGAUGUCCUUAUUGUCCUGGGCUCAUGCUGACAUUUUCUUCAGCAUUUAACACUUCAGUUCAGCCUGGAGGUACAUUACAGUAUUGUGCAGGGAAACUAUUCUCUAUCUGAGCUUAUUAUAUUCUGGAGUUUGACUUGACUACAUGUCUUUUUAAAAUGUUAUUCUGUGCUUGACAAGGAAUAAUAAUGGAGAGACUAACUAACCAGUGAGUGGGUUUUACGUAGGUCUUCCAGUUUUCCCCUUCUCUGGUUAUCCCAUGUGCUCGAGGCUUUUGGAUGGAAGUGACUGUAAUUUUAGCUGGCCUUCUGACUCUGUUUCCUUCCAUUUUAGGAAAUGCCUUCAUUUGUGGGAAGAUACCAGGGUGCUUACUCACAAUUCAGCCUGUGCCUUUCUUAUCCUAAGAACACAAUAUGUAUAAAUUAUUUGCUGUUGCAGAGGUGGAAGAAACAGCCUGUAGCUUGGUCAUGUAAUCUUGUAGCAUCAUUGUUAAGGGUUAGUUAGCAUAAGUGAAGAGCUCUUAUAUUAUUAAUGUGCCUUGACAGCAGUGUUGGGUUGGGAAGCAGGGGUGUGAAGAAUAAAGGAUAUAUGUACAUUUAAAAGCCUAACUCUUCAUGCUACCAUGCUUGCAUAUAAUGGCUUUGAGCCUAGUGGGUAGUUGUCUGGUUAGAGAUAAUUUUAAAACUUUUUUUCAUGAAUUUUAUAAGAUGGCAAUAAAUAGGUUCUCCAUAACAAAUUAAAAGAGGUCUCAAAUCAUAGAAGGAGUAUCUAUUCAGUCCAGUUUCCUUUUAUUUGCCCCCCUUGCUGAGAUACAUCAGUUGGAGACCUGAAUCCAACUAGAGUAGACCCAGUGAAUCAUUUUGUUGACUGGUGAGUCAACACUUUAUGAUUUAGGAGGUUUACUACAUGGUUGGGAGUACCACAAGAAUUUGAAAAUGUUACCUUUUGGGUUGCGACUCCCCCAGCCCCCAAUCCCUAUGCCCCAGGAAUUCUCCUACUUAUAGUCUGGAGAGGUAACUUUUCCAUGCUUUGUCCAAGAGUUUUACACUUGCUGCUUUACUCAGAUGAGUUCUUCUUUACUUCCUCCUGUAGAACUUGCUUAAUGACUCUUGAGUUAGAAGGUACCUUCGCAUCCAUGCAGUGUUGGGUGUACUGGAUAAGUAGUAGUGAGAAUCAAAGGAUGAAUCUGCAGAAGGAACUUGAUGCAGACCAGCCUGCUUGGUAUGAUGGGGGAUCCUUGGCAUGGCAGCUUGCCAUUAAAUUUGAGGAAAUCUCCCAGGGUAUUGCUGGUGCAGGAGUAGGACUCAUGUGGCCUUCAGGUGUUGUGGGGAUGUAAGCCUAACAUUCCUCACCAUUGGCUAUCCUGGGUAGGGCUUCUGAGCUUUGUAGUCCAUCAACAUGUGAAGGGCUGCAUGAUUCCCACUCCUGUGCUGCUCCUUUUUCAGGUGAAAAGCCAGGCAUUUCCUUAAAUGAGUCAUGUUAUUUUGCCUGUUUAGUUUGCAUACACAGAAUGUGAGUUCACAUUCAUGUUUCAUGGUAUAGAAACAGUAAUCAAAGAGCUGGAUUUUGGAAAUGUAUGAGUACCCAAGGACUUAUGCAUGCUGUGAAUCUUUUUUAUUUUAAUUCUCUUCAGCUUAGAGAUCAACCCUUCUACUAAAACAAGCUUCUUGAGAGAUGCUGUUCCUACUGCUCCCCCUUCUGUAAAAAUAGGAUUUUCAUCAGCCUGUUCUGGAGAGAAGACACUGGGGCCUUUGUUGCUCUAAUAAAGGAAACUAUGUCCUAGUGAUGCAAGUCAUAAUAAAACUAAUAUUUUCAGAAUAUGUUGUACCUUGUGCAACCAUGUUCCUUGCCAUUGGCUGUACUUGCAAGGGCUGCUGGAAGCUGGAACCCAACAACAUCUGGAAGGUUUCACUUGACCCACCUUUUUCUUCUUAAAUGGAGGAACAGGGCUAAAUCCAGUAUUGGUCCUAGGUAGAGAAGAGUCAUUCAAAUAAAUUUGAAUUUAGUCCCAAGUCCUGAUGAAUUCAAUGGGCCUCCUCCAGGCAAUACUAAUGUAUGAUGCAGCUGAAGGUUAAUAGAACCUGUUGGAAAUAAGGUGUAAUCUCUCACACUUACCAGAGAUGCUGUCCAGUGGAACACUGCAGGACUUAACAUCAGAAUAAAUCCUUACAGGAUUGCUGUCAAAUAAAAUCAGUUUUUAAAAUAAAAGCUUGGGCUUGCAACCGGGAAGCUUAUGAUUGCUAGUACUUCAGUCUCUCUGUUUAUUCAUAGAAGUAUUUCUACCAAAGGUGUAAUAAAUCCUCACAUUCGAGAGUAAAUUAUGCCACUUUGGGAGACAGCUGAAAUGCAGCCUUUUUGAUGCUCACAUUGUCAGCUCAGGAGCAGACUUGAGGGGUUCACAACACCAGCUCAAGAUCUUUAUGCAAAAUGCUUUAAAUUCAUUUUGUGGAAAAAGCUGAGCUUUGGUUAGCAAAUAAAUUAGUCCUUUGGUUCAAGAACUUGCAGGUCGUCUUUACAUGCGUGGUUUAGACAAGGUCAGGCAUAAAUGUGAACCUUAAUUUUCCAUGCUUGAACCACACCAAGACCUUCAAUGGAGAGGCAAGGAUCAUGAACGGAGGCUCUGUGGAUAUCAUCCCCAUCACUAUCGCCACCACAUACGAACCCAUAUCUGCAAGGGACCAUGUGUGGAAACUGGAUCCGGGAAUGAAAUAAAUAGGGCUGUAAUCUUAAAUGGAGGAACUCCAGCAAAAUUGGUAAACAGAUCAGUCGAAAAGUCUAGAUCCAUCGCCUUUCCCAAGUCUGUGUUCCUGGAGGCACACUAUAUGGACCACACUCAAAUUUCUUCCAUAGUUGUUUAUGGAACUCCUUCAAGUGCCUUCACAAAUAGUGUGUUACUGUGAAAUUAUUCUAAAUUGUGCCUUAAGGGGGUUAGGGAUAAUUCUAGUCUUUGCAGAAGGCAUGCAUGAAAGAGAAAACUGCCAGGCAGGAGCUGGAGAUAAUACUGUGAAAAGCAAAACCAAGUUUGGUUAUCCCAAAUGCACUUUCAUUUCAGCCUUCUUACUGGUUGUUAAAGCUAGCUUGCCAAUUUGAAUGUAACUAAGGAAUGAUGUUCUCUCUUCCAGUAAAUGCUUUGGAGUGCCUUGCAUGUUUUUACAUAUUUUGUACACAUCUGAAAAAAAAGAAUGCACUUUAAAAUCACAAUGGAUUUAUUUUCUGUAGUACAUUUUGCAAUGUCACAGUGUUUUUGUUGUUUUUAUCUGCUAUUAAAUAAUACAAUAUUACAA